AUGCACGAGGUAGUCCACGGUCAGGGGCCAACACAAGUCAUGGAUUCUGAGCGAGCAAGUGCAACACCAAAUGAAACGACAACAUUUAUACCUUUGUCACUAACUCGGAAAAGGAUUCUUGAUGAUCCAAAGAAUGAGGAAGCAAUGCGCUGGUCAGAAGAUGGGCGAUCUAUCUUCAUCGCCCUAGAAAGCAAGUUUCCUGUGCAUCUGCUUACAUGCCAUCCACGAAGAGCUACCGAUCUUUUGUUCGGCGACUGUAUUACUAUGGGUUCCACAGAUUCGGAGGCGCCUACCGUCAUGAGACUUUCAUUCGUGGUCAACCCGGCUCCAUACAACCGACUCGGGAGAUGA